AGACUGGAACGGGAAAAGUUACCAAAAGCUACAAUGCCAUGAGGUUCGGAAAAGACUGCUUUUUGUCGACUCUCGUUGAGCUUUCUGUCGCCAUUUUCAUCGCUGCUGUCACGCCGUUGCUAAUUCGUUAUUGCCUUCUUCCGUCGUCAGUUCAUCAUCAAUACCAGCUCAAUAUUGUCUUUCAAACAUGCGAUCAUGACUUGCACAGCGUCUGCUCAUUUCCCGCCGCCACGCUGGAGUACGAAAAGAACUCGUUAUUCUCUCCGAAUGUUGCCUAUUAUUUGAAUGUUCGACUGAAAUUCGCAGAUGUAAUCAAUACGAAUAAGCUUGGCCUCUUUCAAAAUGUCAUCACUAUUACCGAUGAAAAUCAGAAGAUUUUGAAGCAAUAUACAAAAUCGGCGUAUGUCAAAGAAGCUGGAUUGAUUCAGAAGGCUAUGCACUUAUUCCUAUUUCCCUUCUACUUUCUGGGAUUCUUCCACGAUUACAGCACGUUAGCAAUUCCGAUGAGUGCGGAUUACCUGGAAGGAAUCGAUUCGCCGUCUACGAAGUUGGUUUUCGUUGUUCAGGACAAAUUUGCAAAUAUCGAAGAAGCCGAGUUAAUCGUGACUGCUCGUUUUGGCUUGAUACGACAUCUUCUUUACUACUGGCCAACAACGUCAUAUGCAACAAUAUUUGUAUCAACGUUUGUAAUCGGAGUUUUUCUGAUUAUGACCAAGAUUGGAUAUCAGGAAUACACAGCGAGAACACGAGCAAUUUUGGAAAAAGAAAAAGAAGAAUUGUCUCCCAGAAGCUCGGAAAAAGAAGUGAAAAAAGAGAUCAAAAAAGAAGAACCCGGACUUUUGGAUCUUAGAAAAAGAAAAUAGUGCUUUUCGAUUCAACAUUUAAUACUCAAUUUCAAUAAUUUUAAACACAUAGUCUUGCCGGUAUACCUACCUCGCUGGUCAUUUUCUACUUUGCCUUUAUAAUUUUUUAUAAACGAUUUUUCGAAU